AUGGAUGUUCACAAUGCAUUUUUACAUGGUGAUCUUGAGGAGGAGAUUUAUAUGCAAUUACCUCCAGGAUUUAAAGCUGAUGAUCCCUCGAAAGUAUGUCGUCUCCGUAAGUCACUUUAUGGCCUGAAACAGUCUCCUCGGUGCUGGUUCUCCAAGCUUAGUAAAACUCUCUUGGCGUUUGGUUUUAAACAAAGCUAUGAAGAUUACUCUUUGUUCUCACUCAUUGAAGGAAACAUCUGCUUACAUAUUCUCGUUUAUGUGGAUGAUUUUAUCAUCGCGGGUAAUGAUAUAUCAACGAUACAUCGCUUUAAAAAAUAUCUCCACAAGUGCUUUAAGAUGAAGGUCUUGGGUAAACUUAAAUACUUUCUUGGCUUGGAAGUGGCUCGUGGACCUGAAGGGAUGUUUGUUUCUCAAAGGAAGUACACAUUGGACAUCAUUGCAGAGUGUGGACUUUUCGGAGCCAAGCCAUCUCCGGUCCCGACGGAGCUGAAUCAAAAACUUGCCCUUGCCAAAGGACCACUACUCACUGAUCCCGGCAAGUACAGAAGACUAGUCGGACGGUUGAUCUACUUGACAUUCACCAGGCCUGAGCUGAACUACAUUGUUCAUCUUCUCUCUCAAUUCAUGCAGAAACCACUUGAAGAACAUUGGGUAGCAGCCUUGCAUGUGGUCCGGUAUUUAAAAGGCUGUCCAGAUCAGGGGAUCAUGCUCUCAUCUACGGCUGACUUAACCCUUACGGCAUACUGCAAUUCUGAUUGGUCUGCUUGCCUGUUGACCAGACGAUCCCUGUCGGCAUAUAUCGUUCAGCUCGGUGAUUCAUUGGUAUCAUGGAAGACUAAAAAGCAGAAAACUGUCUCCCGUUCUUCCGCGGAGGCGGAGUUCCGAUCAAUGGCGGAUGCUACAUGUGAGCUAUAA